AUGGCGUCCCCAGCCGGCGGCUCCCUGGGCCUCCUGCUCUGGCUCCUGCUUCUCCAGCCUCGGCUCCGUGGGGCGCAGGGCGGGUCCGCGCCGCCCCCCCCCUCCCCGGCGCCCACCUCCCGGUCGUCGUCGGGGGGCGGCCGCGAGGGCCCCGGCGCGAGCGUGUGGAAGGCUGAGGGACCGUCUGCGACCCCCGGGCCCCAAGAGGCUGCCGCAUCGCCCCAAGUGGUGGCGGUCACCCCAGGUGCCUCUGGCUCCUACAGGGCUGUGGCCAUGGCAAAGCCACUAACCACAGCAAAGCCGCUGUUUCCUGCAGGAUGCGGCCAGAGGUCUAUGAGGAUAGUCGGGGGAUUGCCGGCCGCAGAGCGGAAGUGGCCCUGGCAGGUGAGCCUGCAGAUCAAUGAUAGACACAUGUGUGGAGGCUCCCUCAUUGCCAGUCGGUGGGUGCUGACUGCGGCCCACUGCAUAUUUGGCCAUGUGGAGUACACGGCAAAGCUGGGAGACAUCUUCAUGAAGCAUACCUCCAGAAUGGCAGUCGAGAUCCCCGUCCAAGACAUCGUUAUUCACCAACAUUACAAUCCUAUUGGAUUACUUGAGAAUGACAUUGCCCUUGUUCUGCUUGAGUUCCCUGUGAAUUUUUCCUCCCACAUCCAGCCCGUGUGCCUCCCUAAAAAGGCGUUCAUGGUACAAGCUGGUACAGAGUGCUGGGUGACUGGAUGGGGGAAGCUCAACGAAUCCAAAGAACCUGCCAAAAGGCUACAGGAGGCUAAGCUAAACAUUAUCCGUUAUGAGAAAUGUAACACGAUGCUCCAAACCCAGAUGGAAACUAGUAGUGACAUAGUCAAAGAAGGGACAGUCUGUGGUUACAAUGCCCAAGGAAAGGAUGCCUGCCAGGGAGACUCUGGGGGGCCCCUGGUCUGUGAACUUAAUGAAACAUGGGUCCAGGUGGGGAUCGUGAGCUGGGGCAUUGGCUGCGGUCGCAGAAAUUAUCCUGGAGUUUAUACAGAAGUUAGUUUCUACAAGGACUGGGUCAUUGAUCACUUGAGUCAGGCUUGCUCUUGGGACUCAGCAGGCUACUUCCUACUUCUGUGUCUGCUGCUGCCCCUGGGCAUCCUGGUGGCCCUGUGA